CUGUUUUUUUUUUCCUUGGUAUAAAUAUUGCAAGUUAUUAAUGUACAAGGGAUCCGAGUGAGAAUAACGAGGAGGGCUAACGUUAUGCAAAAUCUGAACACAAAACAAUCCUAUUAUUGGUCGGACCGACUCGGCACGAUAUGUCCCAGCCCGACACGUCGUCCCGAAGACUAUUGUUGUUCGCGUUGUCCAAAACCAAAACUAGUACUGUCCGGCGCGUCACCUUCGCCGCACCGAAGUCAUCCCACCCUUCCCCUUUUAUCUCCCUCGCCUCUCUCUCCCACAAAUUAAUAUUCCUCAACCCAAAACACACCAAAACCUAAUUACCAAACCAAACAGCCACCAACCACAACCUUCUCAAUCAACGACUAUCAUGGGAGAUCUGAUCGAGUCUGUUACUCCGUCAACGACACCACACUCUCGUCCAUUACCAAUCCGUGAAGAUUGUUGGAGUGAAGAAGCUACCUCUACUCUUGUUGAUGCUUGGGGACGCCGUUAUCUCGAGCUUAACAGAGGCAAUCUCCGUCAAAAAGACUGGCAAGAUGUUGCUGAUGCCGUCAACGCGCUUCACGGCCACACCAAGAAAACGUACCGUACUGACGUCCAGUGCAAGAACCGGAUCGACACCAUUAAGAAGAAAUACAAGAUCGAGAAAUCUCAUGUCGUUUCCUCCAACGGAACCCUGACGUCGUCUUGGCCCUUUUUUGAACGGCUUGACGCUUUGAUUGGAUCCAAUUUUAAUUCAUCCGGGAAGAAACAUCUCUCUCCGUCUCCUCCGGUGGCUCUUCCGCUGCCUCCGUCUUACCGGAGGACUCCUCAGGUUAGUUCUACUCCACCGCCGCAGCCGCCAGCUCUGGCGGUGGCUUUGCCGCAGAAGAGGCCUUUACCGGUGGACGAUGAUUAUUUUAGGAGGAAUUAUUCGGCAAUGGCAGCAGCGGCGGCGGCGGUGGAAUCUGAUAGUGAGGAGGAUGAAGAUGAGGAGUUUGAGGGAGGGGAGAGGGAGAGAGCGGAGGAGGACGUGGAAGGAGAGGGGAUUAAGAGAUUGGCACUUGCAAUAGAGAGGUUUGGGGAGGUUUAUGAGAGGGUAGAGAGCGAGAAGUUGAAGCAAAUGGUGGAUUUGGAGAAGCAAAGGAUGAAAUUUGCUAAGGAUUUGGAGAUGGAAAGGAUGAGGAUCUUCACCGAGACGCAGGUUCAGCUUGAGAAGAUUAAGAAGGGUAAGCGUGCACCGGAGGAUUAUUGAUGAUUAAUAAAUUGAUAAAUCAACAAUGAAAUUGAUCCCUUUUUUUUUUUGGUUAACUUACUGUAUGUAAAAAAGCUUUGUUGUAAGAUUAGGGUUUUAUUUUGAAGAACAAUUUUCAAUGUUAUAAUUGUGGAUUUUGUGCCCAAUUUGAUGAUGUUAGAAGAACUUUAGUUACAGCUGAUAAUAAUUUUGUUAGAUUAGUUUAGUUUAGUGACUUUGUUGCCUGUCACCUAUUUUAAUUGACUUGAGUAAAAGAGUUUUAUUGUAAAAUUGGAGUUUCAUGAACAAGGCAGCAUGAGAGUGGACGUGUUUGCAAUGUAACUCAUACUGGGUAUGGCGACUUAUAAUGUGAAGCGGAUAGCAAUAUUACUUCCAGUUUACUAGAGAUGGGUUCCUGUUCGGCAUUGGUUAGAAGGGCCUGGUUUUGUUUCCAGCCUCGAUUGAGGAUAAGGUGUCAGUACAAGAUUAGGUAACGUUUGCUGUUAGAGAUGGCAAUCUGAAUAAAGAAAAAAAUGUAUUUUGUUCCGCCGAAGGCUGUUGUUCUUGUGCCUAGUUUCAAAGUAUUUUCAAUGAUAAACAACAAAUUUCCUUA